AGAUUUUUUGUUUUUCUUUUUUUCUCCUUUUUGCGAUGGUGCAAGGAAGAUGAAUCCCACUUGCAAGAGGGUCGUUACUUGAGAGAGGAGUUUGAGGUCUGUUGAAACACAGGUAUUUCACAUAAAGACUAGUGGGUCAGAGUUAACAACAAUGGGUUACCAGAGAGACAAGAAACGAGAACAAAUCACGCUGGUGGUGCUAGGAGACCUGGGUCACUCCCCUCGGAUGAACUACCAUGCGCUUUCACUCUCUGAGGAAGGGUUCGAGGUCAACCUUGUGGGCUUUGCUGGGUCCAAACCACAAAUUGAGGUCCUCAAGGAUGAACACAUCACACUUACAUAUAUGAGGCCUUCACCUGCGGCUUUCAGCAAUCUGCCCAGAGUGAUGGCAUAUUUCAUGAAGGUCCUGUGGCAAGCGAUCAUCCUGUUUUUUACCUUGCUGACAGGGCCAAGGAGUAAGGUAUUGCUCAUGCAGAACCCACCUGGAAUUCCCACAAUGCCUGUUUGCUGGUUCUUUUGUCUGAUUACUAGGACCAAAUUCUUGAUUGACUGGCACAACUAUGGGUACACCAUCAUGGCUAUUAAUCUUCAAGAGAAUCAUCCCCUGGUCUUUAUUUAUGGGUUAUGUGAGAGGAUCUUUGGCAGGCAGGCCCAUGGGGGUUUGUGCGUCACCAAAGCCAUGAAGAUUAACUUAGCACAGAAGUGGGGCAUCCAAAAGGUGACUGUGUUGUACGACCGUCCAGCUGAUCGAUUCCAUCCAAUAACGCUUGAGGAGAAGCACAAUCUCUUCAUGAAACUUUCCACAACCUAUUCAUGCUUUUCUGGUUCCUCACCUGACAAAACCGUGUUUACUGAAAGGUAUGCAGAUGGCCGUGUCAUAGAGUGUGAAGACAGGCCAGCUCUCCUGGUAUCCUCCACAAGCUGGACAGAAGAUGAGGAUUUUUCGAUCCUGUUCCAUGCCCUGGAGGACUACGAGGGUGUACGGCAUGAGUUCCCAGACCACUACCCUCCUCUUAUUGUGGUAGUGACAGGCAAGGGGCCAAUGAAGGAGUACUACACGUCUCUGGUGGCUGAACGUAUGUGGAUGCACGUAGCAGUCAUCACCCCCUGGAUGACUGCUGAGGACUAUCCGACCUUACUUGCUGCUGCAGAUUUGGGCGUGUGCCUACACUACUCCUCUUCAGGCCUGGACCUUCCAAUGAAGGUGGUGGACAUGUUUGGCAGCCGUCUCCCCGUGGCAGCCAUCGACUACCCUGCACUCCCGGAGCUAGUUAAGCACAAUGAAAAUGGACUCAUCUUCAAGAACAAGGAGGAGUUAGCCAACCUCCUGCAGGACUGGUUCCGAGGAUUCCCGCGCGAGACAGCUAUAAAGGAGACCUACUAUGACUUCUAUAAAAACCUAGACGAGUUCCGCAAGCUCAGGUGGCACCCGUGUUGGACGUGCAAUGCCCUGCCCCUCUUCUUAGAUGGGGUGUCGGGGCAGAAGACACUCACGAAUUGAGACUAACAAGCCGAGGGCCUUGAGGGGGACCUUGCUUCAUUCAGUUCAUACCAAUAUUCAGGUGAUUUUAGAUAAGGCUUAUAGAUGUUGAGAUAGCUAGAGUAGCUCAUAUUUGUUGAGUAGUUUUUUGUUGUUGUAGGCAAAUCUUUCUGUUAUGUUUUGCUAGAUGAAGUAUUUUUGAACCUUUGGAAGACUUUGCCCUAUGUUUGUAAUAUAUUUGGUGUUUUACUUUUAUAAAACAAACAAAUAUUUUUGGAUAUUAAUAUUUUCAUAAUACUUUUUUUAUUAUUAUUUUUGAAAUACAUGACAGCUCAUAUUCUGUGACAAUAACUGUUAACAAGAAGAGAAGUAUUAUUAGUAGUGAACCAGAUCAGUGUACAAAUUAACUGCUAUUAUUCAAACCAGUACAUUGGCAUGCAUUUUGAGAAGAAGAGGAAGAAAAAAGAAAAUAUCACGUACAUUUUUUUUUUUUAUGUAAUAUCCAGGUACCUUUGACCAUGUGCCAUUAAUGUUUCUUCCCUCCCAAAGCUGAAUAUCCUGUGUGUGAAGAAUUUCAUUUCAGAUUUUGUGGAGAGGUUGACUUUUGUUUUUCUUAAUGGCCUCUGUGUUAGGAAGGAUGAUACUGACAUUAGAAAUUUUAUAUAUUUCUAUGUGACAAACAGAAGAGGCAUGAAUGACACCAAUGUAGAAUAUGUAAUUAAUAUUUUGAUAUUGCAUCCUCAUAAGACAGAUAACAUUCUAAUGAAGAUGUAAUAUGAAAACUUCAGUUAUGUAUCUUCAUUUUGUGGGCUAUUCACUCUCAUGUCUCUUUGUCAUACACACUCAGAAACAAACAGGAAAAGAUGAAAAAAAGGCUAGAUGUCAGUAUAUGAAAAGAAUGGUAGAUGAACCAUGAGUGAAAUGAACAGGGAAGACAAUCUGUAGAUACUGCAAAAAUAAAAGAAAUAAGUAUGUCUUUUCUCA